AUGAAAGCAUACAUGUAUGAUGGCCUCCCGGGUGAUCAACGCCUCCCUCACGAUUCUGGACGCGAGGUUGGCAUCGAUGCUCUGGCCAAAUUGGGCGUUCUAUAUUACCAUCUACCCGAGAUAGACGGAGUGAACCAGCUUGCUGCGGAAAGAGGAUACAAGAACCGCGACGAGAUUCGCGUCUCGCCGGAGGCGAUGGGAGAUGUGUAUGAGGACAAGGUCAAGAUGUUCUUUCAUGAGCAUCUUCAUGAAGAUGAGGAAAUUCGUUACAUCCGUGGCGGACAGGGCUAUUUUGACGUCAGGAGCAAAGACGACGAGUGGGUUCGUGUGCUCCUCGCGAAGAAUGAUUUGCUCAUCUUGCCACCGGGCAUUUAUCAUCGCUUUACCACGGACGAGUCCAAUUAUGUACACGCCAUGCGCCUGUUCAAAGACGAGCCCAAAUGGACACCUCUCAACAGAAGUUCCGACUUGGACGUCAACACUCAUCGUCAGCAAUACGUUCAAGACUCUAAUGACGUGCAGACUGACGACGAUAUUUGCAUCCUCUCACUGUUCGAUGCCAGAACAUCAGCCGCCUCAAAUUGCGGGCUCCGCGAGAGGCUGAGUCGGCUGGCAGCACCGUUGAUACCACUCCAGUCGAUUGACGCAUGCGUAAUUACAGCUCAAGCCGCCGAGAUGAGCGUCAACCCCUCUCUUCCUCAACGACCGUCAUCGUCCGACCAUCAGGAAGCAGGCGAAAAAUCAAGGCUUGAGCUACCGGCCAGCUGUGACCCUCCCCCAAGCGGUACACCGAGCCAUCAAUUAGUAUGGAUCGUCUUCGGCGGCACCGGGCACAUGGGCCGUUCCCUAGUGAAAUGCGCACUCUCGCGGGGAGAUUUUGUCGUCUCUGUUGGGCGCGUUUUUGAAGAUGACCUCCACGAUACUCCUGGUCGCAGCGAGAACCUGCUUCGUGCUGUCUGCGACGUCAGGUCACGCGAGUCAGUUCUGCGCCCUGUACAACGCGCCCUGGACCAUUUCGGACGCAUCGACGUCGUCGCCAACUGUUCAGGCUAUGGCGUGAUCGGAGCCUGCGAGGACCAGGACGAGCAUGAUCUCAGAAACCAGUUCGAGACUAACUUCAUGGGUACGGUCCAUAUAAUCCACGCGACACUCCCUUACUUCCGUCGACAGAACGGCGGUCGAUACCUGAUCUUCAGUUCCACAUCUGGAGCUUUGGGGGUUCCCGGUCUUGGACCGUACUGCGCUACAAAGUACGCAGUUGAAGGUCUCAUUGAAGCUAUGCUUUACGAGACGGAUGCAUUUAAUAUCAAGGCCACGCUUAUUGAGCCUGGGCUCGUCAGGCGUGAUGAGCCAGUUACGGGCGAUGAUCCUUUACCUACAUGGGGACAUUUCCUCGUCAAACCCCCCAGCGAGAGCUACGCGCACGCAACAUCACCCGCUUUGCAUGCGAAGAGGAUGGUCCAAUGGUUGGGUGACCGUCAACCAACCAGCGCUGUCAAGUGCGCUGAACUCGUCUGGCAGUUGGCACAUUGCUCGUACCCACCAUUGAGACUUCUUCUUGGUAGCUAUGCUAUAGAGAGUAUACGUGACCGCAUGAGAUCAGUCACAGAAGAAUUGGAAGAUUGGAAGCACCUGAAUUUCCCGACUACAGCUGAUGGUGAGCUAGCGAUGCAGGAUGAUCCAGCCAUUGGGGACGAAUCUUAG